CACAGUCUUCCUCUCGUGCCAGUGGCCUCCUGCCAUAUUUAUUCAUGCCGGGCAAGAUGGCGGCGGAACGGACGAGAUGUUCCUGCCAGUGAGCGCAUAAUAGGCGUUUUAUUAAUAAUAUUAAAACGAGCGGGAUUCUUGUACACACCUGACUGCAUCGCGUGUGUAUUUUUCUCGUAGCGAGUGUGAAGGUCGUUUUUAUUUUUCAAGUUUUCGCCGUUUUUUUUUCCCCUUACAAAAUGUUCCCGUUGUGAGUCGCUCGCUUAUCGAGCAGCUGGCUAACAGAGCAGUCAGGAGCUAGUUAGCUCUCUAUCAGAGUGGAGAAUGGGAGAAAAGCUGGAGCUAAAGCUCAAAUCGCCGGUUGGAGCGGAACCCGCUGGUUAUCCCUGGCCGUUACCAGUAUACGAUAAACACCACGAUGCUGCUCACGAAAUCAUCGAGACCAUUCGGUGGGUGUGUGAGGAAAUCCCUGACCUCAAACUUGCAAUGGAAAAUUAUGUUCUCAUCGAUUACGACACCAAGAGCUUUGAGAGCAUGCAGAGACUUUGUGACAAGUACAACAGGGCCAUUGACAGCAUCCACCAGCUGUGGAAGGGGACUACCCAGCCCAUGAAGCUAAACAAGCGUCCUUCCAACGGGCUGCUGAGACAUAUCCUACAGCAGGUGUACAACCACUCAGUGACCGACCCCGAGAAGCUGAACAACUACGAACCCUUUUCCCCUGAGGUGUAUGGAGAGACCUCCUUCGACCUGGUGGCUCAGAUCAUCGACGAGAUGGAAAUGAUGGAAGAAGACACAUUCGUUGACCUUGGCAGUGGAGUGGGGCAGGUGGUUCUGCAGGUUGCAGCAGCAACAAACUGUAAACACUACUAUGGAGUAGAGAAAGCAGACAUUCCAGCUAGCUAUGCAGAGACCAUGGAUAAAGAGUUUAAAAAGUGGAUGAGAUGGUAUGGGAAGAAGCAUGGGGAGUACACACUGGAGAGAGGCGAUUUUCUAUCUGAAGAAUGGAAAGAAAGGAUAGCCACCACAAGUAUUAUUUUUGUGAAUAACUUUGCCUUUGGUCCAGAAGUAGAUCACCAGUUGAAGGAGCGCUUUGCAAACAUGAAGGAAGGAGGCAAAAUUGUGUCCUCCAAACCCUUUGCACCUUUAAAUUUUCGAAUCAACAGUCGCAACUUGAGCGAUAUUGGCACAAUAAUGCGCGUGGUGGAACUCUCUCCAUUGAGGGGCUCGGUGUCGUGGACUGGAAAGCCGGUUUCCUACUACCUUCAUACCAUAGACCGCACUAUACUUGAAAACUAUUUUGCCAGUCUAAAGAAUCCUAAACUCAGGGAGGAGCAAGAGGCAGCUAGACGACGUCAACAAAAGGACACAAAGGACAGCAAAAGCAAUAACACCACCCCCACAAAACUUAAGGAGCAAAACAAGCAGCAGCAGGACUCCGGUGGUGAGGAGGAGCGUCCUAGCCUGGUGACCGUGGUCAAGCCCCCUCCUAAACCCCGAAGACCUCGACUGCUGGCCAAAGGUCGCAAGCUAAACAACAAGAAACGUGGUCGACCCAAGAAAGCCACCCCUGCUGCUGAGAAGAAUAAGAAGAAUCAGAGCGCAUUAGAUCUGCUGCAUGCUAAGACCCUUUCUGCAGCACCUCCUCAGGAUGCAUACCGGCCAUCUCAGACUCCCUUCUACCAGCUACCUCCCAAGGUCCAGCACUAUAAUCCCAGUCAGCUGCUGAUGAGCCCAACUCCUCCGGGUCUGCAACAACUACUUGAUAACAUCAAAGUCCAGUACCUCCAAUUUAUGGCUCACAUGAAGACUCCUCAGUAUCGCUCCAAUCUGCAGCAGCUUCUGGAGCAGGAGAAGGAUAAACACCGGGAUUUGUCAGGACAGGCAGAGCAGCUCCAUUUGGUGUGUCAGACUCACAAGGACAAGAUUAAAGGACUCUUCCAAACCAAACUAGACGAGCUUGGAGUCAAAGCUCUGACUGUGGAGGACCUCAUCCAGGCUCAGAAGGAGAUAUCAGCCCACAACCGUCAGUUAAAAGAGCAAACCAAGCAGCUUGAAAGAGAAAUGGUUUUCCUGAGGGACCACAGUCUGCUUCUGCUCAAGUCUCGAUGUGAGGAGCUGAAGCUAGAUUGGGGAUCUCUGUGUUUGGAGAGUUUGUUGAAGGAGAAGCAGGCGCUGCGCAGACAGAUUUCUGAGAAACAGAAGCACUGCUUGGAGUUGCAGAUUAGCAUCGUUGAGCUGGAAAAGAGUCAAAGGCAACAGGAGCUGCUGCAGCUCAAAUCCUACAGCCCUCGUGAUCGCUCCCCCUACAGGAAGAGUCUGGAAUCACGAGGCUGCACCGACAUGGACUCUUCUAGGCUCGGCCUGUCGUCGGCCCCAGCACUGAACGGCAUCAGCCCGGAGCUUUCGGUCAACGGGACAGGCUCGCCGUGUUUCGACCGGGCUAACGGAAAAGCAGAGCUUUCCCGCUACCUUCCCAUCUCGCCGGACCACGACGCGAUGGCCGCCGCCUCUGAGGCGCGACAGAGGCAGCAGAGCUCCUCCCAGCCUGAUUACACUCGCUUCUCACCUGCCAAGAUUGCCUUACGGAGGCACCUGAACCAAGACCCCACUGCCUCUGCUCACUUAAGAGGAUCGGGCCUAAUGACGCACAGGGAACUGGGAGGCGUUAACUCCCCUCAUGGAGCCAAACAAAACUGUCCUUCUCCCAAUUCAUCCGAUUUUCAGUGUAAUGUGAAAAUCUCUGACAGGGUCGGUAAGGAGAGGAGUCCGUCAGUUCAGGGCGACAGCAUCACUAGCCUUCCCAUCAGCAUCCCUUUGAGUACUGUCCAUCCCAGUAAACUUCCAGUCAGCAUUCCGCUGGCCAGUGUGGUGCUGCCCAGUCGGGCUGAGAGACUUAGAAAUACUCCCAGCCCUGUGUCUCAAUCAGGUCAGACCAAUGGAUACUCGUGUAGCUCAGGGCUAAUGAAUGGAGGUCCCCACCCUGAGGACCACAAUGGUGCUUCUUUAUCACCUCUUCCACACAGCAACAGUCCUUUGACAGGACCAAUGGGUCGAGGUGGUCCCAUCCAGAGCCCGUCACUGAGCACCGGAGGGGUGCUCCACUAUGCCGACGGACCCCCCAGGAUUCUUCCUGAAGAUGGAGCAGAGCGCCAAGGCAACGGGAACUGCGUGGCUGGAGGAUCGCGCCUUCAUCAUCAUGCUGGCUCGACCAAGCAGGGAUACCACAGUAACCAUGGGAACCACCACCACCAGUCUCCGAGCACGCAGCACGCACACACGCCAACACACACGUCAUCCUCCCACAGCUUCGGCUCUCAGGAGGGGCGUAGGCGUGGGAGGAGGAAACGCGGCUCCACCGGGGCGGCGGCCAGCGGAUCCCCGAAGAGACGCUCCUUCCCCGGAGUCAACUCCAACGGCCACUCAACAGGAUCCCCACUCAACAUCAACUCCAUGGUGAACAACAUCAACCAGCCUCUGGAAAUCUCCGCCAUUUCUUCUCCAGAACAAUCAAGCUGCAGCCCCCACGGUCCCGACCUGGACCAGCCCCCCGUCUUGAAGAGAGAGCGCCCCCUGGAGUUCAAUGGUACUGGUCGAUACUCGACAGCUCCCAGCUCGGAUGACGAGGACUCAGGAUAUCCUCCCGACAGCUCCAGUUCCCGCAUCGAAAGAAAAAUAGCCACUAUAUCACUGGAGAGCAGAGAUGGCCUUGUUAGACUGGGUGACGGGGAACGAGGAAGGAAAUCUGGUAGCAGCAGUGGGAACAGCACAGGCAGUGAGGCUUCCUGUUCAUCCUUUUGUUCGAACAGCAAGUGGAAAUCAACAUUUUCCCCCAUAUCAGACCCCAAGCAACCCAACUCAGACCUCAGGCAGGGGGGCUCCCCGUUCAGCACGGGGGGCUCGAGCCGAAGCACAGACUCUGACUCGGACUAUAAGCAGCAGAAUGGGAGGAAAGCAGGCGACGGGGAUUCCUCCAGCUACACGACCCCCAACCCUUUCCUCAGUCAGGAGACGGGAACGUGGGCGGUAGCAAGCAGCGGCGUCCAGGGAGGGACCGCUUCGGACCAGCGGCAGGUCCUUCAGAAGCAGAAGGGCCCCCGCGACUGGGAGCUGAAGACCGCCAGCAGCAUGGCCAGUCAGAACCUCUUCAUCGCCGCCGCUGCCGCCACCAGCGGAGGCGGCAUUCUGAAUGGGAAGGUUGGGGGCAGUCCUGUGGCGGUAUCCUCAACCACUGGAUCAGCGAUGGGGCAGUACCUGGGCUCCCAGUUCCCACUUGGAGGAGCCACGGUCCUGCAGUCCUUGUUCGGGGCCCAGACGGGUGUCUCUGUGAACGGGACCUCCCGGCUCGUGAAUGGACACUCUGCCCUCGGCAGCUUCGCCAGCGCAGGGCUGGCAGGGGGAGCAGCAGCAGGAGGUAAUUGAUGCGAACUACCUCACCUACAUCAUAAACUAUGCAAAUGUCCAGGCGUGGACCAAGGCACACUCCUCAUUUACUGGUGCUUCAAACUGUCUGCACUACCCAACCGCCUCCAAGACCGGCUUCUUACGGGGAAAAUUCUGGGACGCGCGCACACACACUCACACUAAAGGACCACUGUGGUCACCUGGAGCCGAAUCUGCAGUGAAGAUGUUUGAUGAAUGAAGAGGAAGGAAGGAAUGAAAUCCUUUAGAAAAGUGAAAUCACAGCAUGAAGCACACAUCCUGUCAGCCGAAUCAGGUGCCACACUCCUUCCAAAGCUUCACUUCAUGAGUGUGUGUGUGGGCGUGUCUGCGCGUGUGUGUGUGUGUGUGUUUGUACACUGAAAAACACAACCCAGGGCCAGUUGACAGAACUGGGCUCAGAUAUCAUGCAGCUUUGCCUCGCUGCAUGCAUGUUCUCUUAUCCAUUCUUCUCUAUGAAGUUGAGCACGGGUUGCAUUUUUUAUUAAAGAGUCUGAAGCAAGAUGAGGAUCAUUUGGUUUAACUUCACACUGGAUAUUAGGAUGCAGAUGUUCCAGUCUAGGGUGGUUAAUUUGACACCCUAAUAUGUUUUCUAAAAACCAAAACAAGAUCAUUUUGAGUUCCUUAUGCAUUGAUUAUGAAUUGAAAUUCAGCUGGAGUCAAAUUAGACAUUGGAAUGAGGUGUGAUUGUAUUUUCAUCUAAUAUCAAGCAUUUAGUAUAUCAGCAAGACUUAUUUUGUGAUAUUUAUCACAGUUCAGACAUUUCUCCUCUUAAUUUAACUAAUGAAUGAAAUAUGUGGAAAACAUCUAUAGAUGUUGCAACAAUGUUCUGAUUUUUAGUCCUUGGGGUUCACAUUACCAGUCGAGUAUGUUUCAAUCUCAAAAGAUUAAAUGAAAUGAAAUUCACUAAGUCACGUGGCUCUCUAAGAAGGCAGCUGCUCUGUAGCAGCGGCUUGUUGUCGGAGUUUAGUUGAAGUUUGUGAAAAAGCUCAAAAGCAGGUGUACAGAAUUAGAGAAUUCAACUAGUUUCUCUAUUUAUUAAGAUUUCUGUUUCUAAGUCAGUUUGGUUAAGUCACACUACUACUUGGAAUAAUUUCUGCAGCCGGGUUUUUUUUUGUUUGUGUUUUUUAAACAGAACUUAAGCUAAAUUUUGCCCUAUUUAUAUUUGCUGCGCUUGGUGAAAACAACCACCACACAUACACAGGCAGACAUGCAAAACCCUCGCACACUGGCAAAAAAAUAAAACAACAACAAAAAAAAAAUUAACAGUGACCACAAGGAACUACUGGACUCCCUUCACACAUUUGUUUGCUUGUUAAUUGUCUUUUUUUUGUUUUUGUUUGUUUGUUUGUAAACAAUGUUUGUACUGUGAAUGUGAUUCAUUCUCCAACUGUAUAGUUGUGAAUAAUUCAGAAGAUUAUUAUUUAUGCUGUCCGUCUCUCCUUUUUGCCUUGGUGUUUGUUCUUCACUUUGAAUUGUGUUAACAAAGUAGAAUGCAAUAGGGCGUGCGUGUGUGUUAACUAACAGUCUGAAAACAAUGGUGCUAAGUUUGGACUGUGCCUGAUCUUAUUUAUUGUAAAUUGAAAUCAGAAAAAGAAAAAAAAAAAAAACAACAACAAUUUGAAUACUUGGUGCUCUACACAGGGACAUUCGUUAGGCCGGUUUUUUUGGCAUUUCUUUUCUCAUAUUUAAUCUGCUAUCGUGUCAGUUUUUAGCCUAGUGUACAGCAGUAGACGCCACCUAAUGAUGAUAAAGCUCUCCAGUAGCUGCCUCAGAGUCUGAGCAAAUAGGUGUUGAUGUUUCUCCUGCAAAGGGUUUUCAUAAAUAGUCAGACUGCUUUUUCUCUCAGAAGUGAGCUUCUUAUCUCUCAGUGAAUAAGACACACUGUUUUUUAUAUUUUUGUUUUGUUGUAAGUCUCCCAUCAAAAUUUUAUAAAGUAUGUAUCUAUUUACCUUACAUCUAUAUAAGUAAAUAAAUAUAUAUGUAUAUAGCUAUAUAUAUAUACAUAUAUAGAGAGAGUAAUGAGGGAUGUUUGGUGCUCACAUUCUGACCCUUAUUUUCAGCCUGUUAAACAGGAGGCUUGAAGCCAAGCUGAGCAAAGCAUUACCACCUCGGGACCUUAAACAUGGCAGCGCAGCACCACCUGAAUCCUCGUGGUGUAAACAAAACAGGACUAGAUACUCAAACUGUGUGUGUGUGUGUGUGUGUGUUCGUAUUUAAGCGCUCACACAUACACACAGACACACACCGGUGCUGUAGCUUGGACACGCUUCGAAUCCAGCACUAGAACUGUUAUCACUUUAAUCAGGUGUUUUUAACUCUUAUGUUUUCUUUGGUUUUGGACCCAGAUUCUGCAGAAGAAGAAAAAAAUAAAAAAAACAAAGAAAUGGUGCUUCUGUUUCAAUGCAACGUCACUUCAGUUUUUAUUAACUAGAUCUUCUACUGGUGCAUAAAAACGCCACGUCGGCGUCUUCUCCCACACUUGUCUCUUGAUCUCUUACUGACGAGGCCGAACUUUGUCAAGUGACCGUGUUGUGUAACCCCGAACAGACGUGCUGAUGUAAAGUACUUUGUGUUGAUGAUCGAGAGCAGCAAUGCUUCCUUUUAAACCUUAUAGAGGAAUUACACUUAAGCUCAGUUACGUGUGGGUGCUGUUGCUUUUCUUUCUCCCCACUCUUACCGGUGCAUAUCUAAGGGAAGAAUAUUGAAAGCUUUAUAGUCUAAACCUCCUGUCCUGUUCACUCCCCAUGUAAACCAAUGUUCUCACAUGUGAGUGUUUAAACAAACACAAGUAAGUCAUUUUCAGACGUAGUUAGAGACUAGUCCAUUUGUUACCAGCACUGAGAGGUAUUUUGUAAUUAUUGUUGAUGCUGUUUGGAUUUUUUUUUCUCUCUCUCUUCCUAUUCUUGGUGUUUGAUACAAUUGCAGAUACAUGUAAUGCUUUCUAUGGUGUAUGCAGAUUCCUGUCAGGUUUUAUUACUACUAUUCAGACGGACAGCACGGUGCUCUCCUUCACUUAAAAUAAAGAGUUGCAGCUUUUGAUAGAUCCUACCCUCCUGUUGUGCUGCAGGGUUUUAUGGUUCCAACAUGUUCAACCUGAGCUCACUUUGUUGCUUUUCGGACGGCCCAGUUCGACUCUUAGGGCUUUCCCUUGGAGGUGAUUUGAUGCAUGUGCCACUAAGAAAAGUCUUUGCUACAAAAGGUUAAACAUGCUCAAUAGAGCUUUCAAUCAGUUUUGUAGUUAUGCGCGCAGUAAUAUUUGAAAUCCAAGCUUCUUUUUUUUUUUUUUUUUUUUUUUU